AUGGGGGAUCCUGUAACUCCUAUAAAAGAGAACCGAUCAGAGAUGGGGGUAAACCCUUCUUCUUCUUCUUCAACCUCUUCGUCACUCUUGAAUCUCCCUUCUAAUAUGUCGCGAAGCGCUCUGUCUCUUGAAACUCCUUCGUCUUCGUCUUCUUCUUCUUCUCCUUCUUCUUCUAGGAGCCACAUAGAUCGCCUAUUGGGUGUAGGGAUUAAUCCUUCUCCUUCUAGAACAAUUUAUAGUGACCGCUUCAUCCCUAGCAGAUCUGCUUCUAAUUUCGCUCUUUUUGAUAUCUCUCUGUCGUCGAACUCCUCGUCGGAGGGGCGCGAAGAUGGGUCUGGUACUUACGCUACUCUGCUGAGGACAGUUCUCUUUGGCCCUGAUUCAGGGGUUGUUUCGCCGAUUACUCCUGAGAAACCCGCAUACUUUUAA